CUGCAGGUUAAUGGCCGGGAGGUUUGUGGGUGCGGUGAGCUGGGUGUGGCCUGAUAUUUUGAGAUCUGACACAUGGUGAAGAUUGAUAAUCUGGACGGAAUCUCCAACAGAGUCAGUGGUUUCUUCUGAACGUUAGAUAAGGUCGCGGCGAGGAAACCACUCGUUUGAUGUCCGGAGAUUGAACAAGAAGCGAAGACGUUUUCUAUUGCUCUCCAAGAAACCUCAGUUCAAAUAUUCAACAUGUCUACUCUGGUAUCUAGGUUCGAUGAUAUUGUGGCCUCCACAAAUGUGCUCUGUUCUGGCUUAGAAGGAGAGUUUGCUCAGUUUAUCAACCAACCGAUUAACUUGAGGAACCGACUACUGGCAGAGAACAACGAGCUGUGUGCUCUCAGGACUCAGACUGAGACAAAUGAGGUGAAGCUGAGGCAUGCAAGGAGUUCGUUCGAUUAUCAAAUGAAAAAGAGACUUGAAGCUGAAGAGAACCUCAAGCAAUAUGAGAAGCAAUUCACGAUCAUCCUGGAGUUGUUGGGGGAUAACAAGCUCAAGUCCCUCACUGCUGCAGAGAGGAGGAGUCUGGCCUUCCUCAAGGACAGUAAGGGAAAGAUGAUCUCUGCCUUCAGUCCUGCUCACAGCUAUCUGAGUGAGUCAGUGACUAGCAGUUGUCUCUCACCCUCUGACCUCUCCCUGGAUGUCACCAACGCAGAUGAGGAUCUUCAAGUAUCCAUCUUGAGGGACGGCAAACGCUGGAAGAGACGUCGUACUGCCAGUGUGGAGCAGGUUGAUGUGAGAGUGACUCCACCCACCAAGAUGAGGAGGUCCAAUAGUGGCAAUGCAGUCAGCUUAGCAAAACCCACUGAGGAGGGUGUACUAGAGCCCACCACUGACAGGAGGAGCACUCUCAGUCCUGAGGUCAACAAGAUACCACCACUAGACAAGCACUUCAAAAAACCACCUCCACUCAAGAAUCGCCGUACCCCCAGCAAACAACACCUCAAGCAAAUGGCCGCAGGGAGUGGAGAAGACGAGGAGAUGGACGCUCUGGAGGAACUACUUGAAGAGAUAACUGAUGACCUCACCACACCUCCUCCCUCAUAUGAGAAGGUGGACCUUGAAAGUGUCAUGGUGACCCCCACAGCCCCACCCCUCUAUCCUGUGCUGCCAUUAGCAGAGUCACCUCUUCCCUUAGGUAAUGAUAUUGGUGACUCACCAGCAUCCAUAGUCAUGGCUGGCUUCUUGAGCCCAACACUGGUGUCCCCCACUCCAGUAGCUAGCCCCUCUCAACUGUACAAGUCCCACUCUGACUACAACAUGCAGAGACCCCAUACAUUCUUCACCAAGACCAUGCUCAAACUGGAGACCAUCUCAUGCACAGUGUGCCACAAGAAGAUCAAAUUCUCUAAGAACCUACUAAAGUGCAGAGAUUGUCGUGCCAUAUGUCAUGAGGAGUGCAAGAACAAGGUGCCCGUCCCUUGCAUACCCAAUGUGCCCACUCCCAAGAAGAAGCAACUAUUGGAUGCUCUGUCCUCCUACUGUCCCAACACUGUCCCCAGAGUGCCUGGACUAGUGGUACACUGCAUCAGUGCCAUUGAGAGCAGGGGACUGGCCACAGUCGGCCUCUACCGGGUACCAGGUGCUGACAAGACAGUUCGUGAGGUGAAGGAGAGGCUGUUGGUUGCUAAGGGCAACCCGGGACUUGACAAGGUGUCAGACGUCAACGUACUAUGUGGAGUGCUCAAAGAUUUCUUCAUUAAACUGAAAGAGCCGCUACUCACCUUCAAGCUACACAGUACCUUCAUCAAAGCCACAGAGUGCACUUCUGAUGAGGAUGGGCUAGGCGCCACCCUGGAGGCCAUUGCUUGUCUCCCUCCUCCCAACAAGGACACUCUAGCCUUCCUCAUACUACAUCUACAGAGGGUGGCUGCUCAACACCAGGCCAACAAGAUGCCAAUGGUCAGUCUGGCUAAGGUGUUCGGACCAACUAUCGUAGGACAUGCUACUGCCAAGCCGGAGGCCUCAGUGAUGUGGCAGGACACACAGAAACAACCUAAAGUGAUGCAACGACUGCUCACCAUCUCCCCAGACUAUUGGAGACAAUACCUCUCACCAGUUGACAACCCAGAGCCCCCAGUGUCACCCACUCUCUCUGCUCAGUCCAGCCCUGGAGUACUCAACUCACCAGCCACACCAGAACUGAGACCAGUACCUGAGAGUCCAUUCCUUGGGUCCUGUCAGUCCCCCAGGAGUAGGGCCAGACCACCACACAUGGCUAGGCUCGGACCCACCCCAGUGACCAAUAGAACCAGAAGAGCUGGAAACUUCUUUGCUCCCCUCAACUGAACACUAACUUUGAACUGACUGCACAUGAACAAUAUAAUUAUUGCUUGUUUUAAUACAUGUACCAUCACCUUGCAUUCUAGCUUACGUGAAUUUACACUCCGAUAAUUAAUUAUGUUGCUACAUACCCCACACA